AGUUUUUUUUUAUUUAACAAAAUCACAGUCUUAGGUAGUUAGAUUGGAUUCAAUUUUUUAUGUUUUUUUUUCAGGGAAAGGAUUCAAUAUUUUGUUUGAACUCGUUCUCACAAUAAUAUGUCUGCCUAACCGUUUUCCUUUAAAAAAAAAAUGGUUUUUUGUGCUUCUUUGUCAAUAAAUCAGUAAACGGCACCGUUUUAUGAAGUGUAAGAAUAACAAUUCCUCACUUUCUCUUCCUUUGUCCAGAUUCUGGGAAGUUUGCAAAGAUGGCAGCAUCAAUGUUUCUUCGAAGAUCGCCAUUAAAGCUUCUACCUCAAUGUCCAAGCUUCUACUUUCUCUCUCCUCCUCCUUCUUCUUCUUCUUCAACUUUCUACAACAAUCAGCUUCUUCGUCCUCGCUCCAAUGGCUUCCACUCUCUCUCCAACAUUCCCGACGAGGAACAAUUGUCUACCAUGACAUCUAUAUAUGAUGGUCUUAAGAGGUUGUAUGAACAAAAACUGAAGCCAUUAGAGCUUACUUAUCAAUUUAACGAUUUUGCAUCACCCGUGUUAACAAAUAGUGAUUUUGAUGCAAAACCUAUGGUCAUGCUUCUUGGACAGUAUUCCACUGGGAAAACUACUUUCAUCAAGCACUUGCUAAAAAGUGCUUAUCCUGGAGCACAUGUCGGGCCAGAGCCAACCACAGAUAGAUUUAUUGUCAUUAUGUCUGGCCCUUAUGAAAGACGUAUACCGGGCAACACAAUAUCUGUUCAAGAAGACAUGCCAUACAAAGGUCUUACGACAUUUGGGUCUGCGUUUCUGUCGAAAUUUGAGUGUUCCCAGAUGCCACAUCCACUUUUGGAGCAUAUGACUCUCAUUGAUACCCCUGGGGUAUUAUCAGGUGAGAAGCAACGAAUAGAAAGGAGUUAUGACUUCACUGGUGUGACAUCUUGGUUUGCUGCCAAGUGUGACCUCAUCUUGCUCCUUUUUGAUCCCCACAAACUUGAUAUUAGUGAUGAAUUCAAACGUGUGAUUUCAUCGCUACAAGGCCAUGAUGAUAAGAUACGUGUUGUUUUGAACAAGGCAGAUCAAGUGGACACUCAGCAGUUGAUGAGGAUUUAUGGGGCAUUGAUGUGGUCACUUGGGAAGGUUUUAAACACUCCUGAGGUUACUCGUGUUUACAUUGGCUCUUUUAAUGAUGGGCCUUUAAAUGAAGCAGUUGCUGGUCCAAUGGGACGGGAUCUUUUCUUAAAGGAACAGAGUGAUCUUCUUGCUGAUCUAAAAGACAUUCCAAAGAAUGCUUGUAAUCGAAGAGUUAAUGAACUUGUAAAGCGUGCUAGGGCAGCUAAGAUUCACGCUCUUAUCAUCAGUCAUCUGAAGAAGGAGAUGCCUGUUUUGAUAGGCAAGGCCAAGGCGCAAGAGAAUCUUAUUGAGAACUUGGAAGUUGAAUUCAGAAAGGUCCAAAGGGAGUACCACUUAGCAGCAGGGGAUUUGCCGAAUGUGGAGCAUUUUCAGGAAGUUCUCCGGGAUUAUAACAUUGACAAAUUUGAGAAGUUGAAACCGAAAUUGAUCCAAGCUGUUGAUGAGAUGCUGGGUUAUGACAUCCCAGAGCUUCUCAGGAAUUUAAAAAGUUUAGAUAAUUAAUGAUUUAUAUUGGAACAAAGCUUGCCAGUUCAGGACAAAAAAUGUUACAAGCAAAACUAACCACCAAUGUAACCUUGGAAAAUUUGGUUGAUUAUGAUGUAUACGCCCUGUUUUUGUUGGGGAAAUGUCAUAUUUGGGUAAUUUUACCCUUGCAUAUUGUAUUGUAUGCUUGACUGACUAUAUCCUAUCCCAAAAAAACACCUAUAAAGUGGUAUCCAA